UUUUUGACAUAAUGGUUCAUCUAACGGUUCACCUAGUUAGAGAGGUGGAGUUAUGUGGACCGAUUUUCUUUUGAUGGAUGUAUCCCUUGGAGAGGUACAUGAAGAUUUGCAAAGGAUAUGUUCAAAAUAGAAAUCGGCUCGAAGGUUGCAUUACGGAGUGUUAUAUUGCUAAAGAGGUGGUUGAGUUUUUAGCAGAAAUUUUCAUCGACGACAAGAUUGUUGGGAUUCCAUCUGCCACUCACAAAGAGGACAAGCCUACCUCAGGUGCUACAAUUGUUAGUGUUUACGGCAAGUUAUUCGACCAAGCUCAUCUCUGUGUGCUUCAAAACACGGAUGAAUUCAUAAACUAUUUUGUCGAACACUUGGAAUACUUGAAGAGGGAGUUUCCAAAAUUAAUAAAGAAUGAAAAGUGGCUUACGGGCAAGCAAAACAAGACAUUUGCAGAUUGGUUGAAGGAGAGGGUAAGUCCCAAUAGUGACAAUGUUUAUGGGAAUAUAAACUGUUGCUGUUCACUGAAUGAACUAGAUGCUAACAUCCCUGACAUUGUCAGGUGGCUUUCAGAUAAACCAAGCAAUGAAGUACUAAGGUUCAGCGGUUACCGAAUUGCAGGAGUUUAA